UUGGCUCAGAGGGUCCCAUCGAGAAAAUUUCAGAGAGCAUCAAGCAGGAUGGCGGCCCAAGCUGUCCUCAACAAGAAGACCUUCACCACGGUGCAGGAGGAGGUGGCACAUCAACGACUGGUGCAGAACAAGUGGUACCCUGGUGGUCAGCCAGUCACAGCCAUCGAAGGCGAGGAUGAGGUGCGUUUCUUGGGUGGCGAUGCCUACGUGCCACGCCUGGUAGCUGCUUCAGUGCCCAUCGCGAAGCCCUCCAUGCCGGGCGUGCCAUCUGAAACCUCUGGCUAUGCAGAGCCCUUGCAGGCCAAGAGACCGGUCUUCUUGAGGGGCGCCGGCGGCGGCGUGGCGGCCGCCAGUGGCACCGCAGCGUUGCCCUCGGGCGGUGGCACGCAGAAGGGAGCGCCCAAGGUGAAGGAGCAGCCGAAGGAGUCGCAGUUCCCGUUCAAUUUGCUGAGUGGCCCUGGCAUUUGAGCCAUGCAUUGUGAGACCCGUGUGAGAACAUGGCAAACCCUGAGAGUUCGGUUUCCGUCCCUCACCUGGUCACGGAGAUUCAUGGGACAUACCCAGUCAUUUGUGG